AUUCAGUGCCGUGUGGGGCAGAGGUCUGGACCUGCUGCUGGCUGCCAGUGUCACUUGGAUGUGGAAGCACGGUGAAAGCAAGGUGAUUCAUCGAUUACACGUUUGUAAAGGACAACAAGAAGUUGUCGUGUCGAUGGAAAGGUUGUCUCCGUGUGUCUAUGAUCUUCAAAUGCUGCCCUGAAUCCUCACCUGAGAACAGAAUGAUGAACGAGCAAGAGGAAGAGGAAUUCAUCACUGUGAGGGUGCAGGAUCCACAAAUUCAAGAUGAGAAUUCUUGGGCGUCGUAUGUGGAUUAUAAAAUAUUCCUCUAUACAAACAGCAAGGCGUUCACUGUGAAAUCCUCCUGUGUGCGGAGACGGUAUCGGGAGUUUGAGUGGCUGAGACGCCGGCUGCAGAAGAAUGCUGGACUAGUAUCUCUCCCAGAACUGCCGGGCAAGAAAGCAUUUCUCCAAGUUAAUGACACUGAAGCUAUAGAGAGGAGGCGACAGGGUUUGCAGCAAUUCCUGCAGAAGGUUCUACACACUACAAUCUUCCUGUCAGACAGCCAGCUGCACCUCUUCCUGCAGACCCAGCUGCCGGCGGGCCAGAUCGAGGCGUGCACCCGGGGCCACACUCCCUUCACCGUCACCGAGGCCAUUCUGGACAGCGCCAUGUGCGGCAAGAACAUCCCACGUGGAGCCGAGGCUGAGGGCGAGGGACUCGGCCCCCUGGGCUACGAGUGUGGGAGCUCGCCCUGUCGCACUGUGGGGAACAACGAUGGCAGCAGCAGCAGGGCCAGGGCCAGGGCUGCUGAACCCUUGCAGGAGGCCGCUGUGUCCGGGAGGACAUGAGGAGCAAGACUGGAGGGAACCACUCCCUGCCUGGUUGUCAACCCACCCCUGGACCACUGCGAUGUCCUCACACACUCUCUUCAUUAGUGACUGCACCCCCCCCCCCCCGGCUGGGAGGCAGCGAGCCGGAUCCGGAGCCGGAGCCGGAGCCAAGCAGCACGGGAACACCGGCCCAUCACCGCGGGAAGCAGACCGGCACCAGCCGUUUCUCAGCAGCACCACAGUAAAGAGAGUCGGUGAGGCAGCUCGCAGCAUUCCAUCGGCUCCUUGUACUGCGGGCUGCUCCUGGCGGUGGGAGACCACCCCUGUAGGCCGGUACCCCCUGUUCCAGGCGGGAUGAAACUUUGCCUCCGGGUGGAAUCGGCCCCAGAGUUCUCCCGACUAUCCUUCCGCUCACUCGCAAUUCCCCAAAAACAUUCCUCACUCUCACUCCUCCCUGACCUGUUCAGCUCCACUUUAGACACUAAAAGCUGGAGUGACUCUGUGGGACAGGCAGCAUCUCGGGAGAGAAGGAACGGCUGGGUCGAGCGUUUUGGGUCGAGACCUUUCUUCAAUCUGAGAGUCAGUGGGAGAGGGAGACUAGAGAUAUGGAAGGGUAAGGUGUGAAAAUGACAGAUCAAAGCAGAUGUUGAUAAGAAAAUGUAGAAUGGCCUUCGUAUACUUUAAUCUGUCCUUUUCACACCUUACCCUUCCAGAUCUCUAGCCUCCCUCCCUCUCCCCCUGACUCAGACUGAAGAAGGGUCUCCAUCCGAAACAUCACCCAUUCCUUCUCUCCAGAGAUGCUGCAUGUCCCACUGAGUUACUCCAGCAUUUUGUGUCUAUCUUCGGUGUAAACCGGCCUCCGCAGUUCCUUCCUACACAUUUUGUUGGCUCUAGUUUGUCCCAGCAACACGUCUGGCUUGAAUAUAGAUAAACAUCGAUGCACUCCGCUCCCACCACACGUUAGCCCCUCCCCAUCAAUGUUAAGUCUUCCAGCCCCAAAGCCCACGAGACCACUGCACUCCCCCAGUUCUGGGCUACUUUGAAUCUUCGCACUGGCACGACCUGGCCACACACGCACGCACACACGCGCACGCACACACAGGUACGCACACACACGUAC